AUGAAGAUCAGAUCUUUAAAGGGUAUCUUAUUAAGGCUUGAACCUGAUAUUCUAAAUGAAGCAUUACAAUUUUGGAUCAGGCAAGCACAAAAAUGUUUUUCUGGUAAUUGGAAACAGAAAUAUCAAAGAUUGGGACCAUACAAGACUGAAAAUGGUAUAAUUAUGGUAGGUCAAAGACUGGAGCAUUGGUUAAAACAAAACUGGAAUCAAGAUAACUUUAUCCUGUUACCCAGGAAACAUUUGUUUACUAUACUUUAUAUUAGUCAUUUGCAUAAUAUAGAUCAUGCUGGAGUGGAUGUUACACUUAGUAAACUGCAGACAAAGUUCUGGGUUCCUUCAGCACGUAAAGUCAUCAGAGCAGUGAAACGUAAAUGUGUUACUUGUAGGAGAUUAGAUUACAAAGUUGAAGGUCAGUGCAUGGGUCAAGUCGCUACUGAAAGAAUAACUCCAUGUCCAGCUUUCUAUCACACUGCUACAGAUAUCUUUGGGCCAUUUCAAAUAAGAGACAAUGUGAAGAAAAGAACUACUGGUAAAGCUUAUGGUGUUAUAUUUCAUUGCAUGGUUACUCGUGCUGUAUAUAUUGAUGGUGUUGAUGGAUAUGAUACCCAUAGUUUCUUGAAGACUUUUAGACGUUUCACAGCUGUUCAUGGAUAUCCAGCUACUGUUCAUUCAGACUUAGGCUCUCAGCUGGUAUCAGCUAGUAAGGAACUUCAAAUAGCUAUAAAUAACUGGAAUAUGUCUGAUAUUUCUGAAUUUGGAACAAAAAGGGGAUUAAAAUGGAUUUUCAACCGUUCAGCUGAUGCAGCAUGGCAAAAUGGUGUUAGUGAGUCCUUGAUCAAAUCUGUGAAAAGAUCCUUAGCCAUGAUAAUUGGAUCUACUCUGAUGACAUAUAGUGGUCUACAAACUAUAUUUUUUGAAAUAGCAAACCUCAUGAAUGAAAGGCCUAUUGGAUUAAAACCUGGUAUGGAUUUAGAAUUAGGAACUUACUUGUGCCCAAAUGAUUUGCUUUUAGGCAGGGCAAGUAAUCAUGCACCAUGUGGACCAUGGAAAGAUUCUUUCAAUACAAAGAGAAGGUUAGAUUAUAUACAAAAUGUUGUUAAUACAUUUUGGUGUAAAUGGCAGAGAUUAUUUCCCUACAUUAAUUGUUAG